AUGGCUGAAGCAAAACUAUCCGUGUCCUCGUCUUUACAAAAAGAUCAGGGUAACCCGUAUAUAAACUACCUUUUUAAUCCACGGCUUACAUUCACUGGUACGUUUCAAGCUGAUGUGCCCUCUAUAAACAACUUGGUAGGAAACUUCGAUACGCGAAACUUUGUGCAGUACGACACAUUAAGGGGCGACGAUUUUUGGAGUCCUCUUGGAUCUGGAGAAUGGGAUGUAAAAGCUUCCGUGACACAGGUUUGCUAUGACAAUGGGACAUGCGUUACUGAUGGUAGAGAUCCGAUAUUGAAGGCGAAGUUCAAAGGUGGGAACAGAACUUUAGCCAAAUGUGUGGACCUUGAUCCUCAGGCACAAUUCUUUGCUAAGAUCUGGGGCUGGAAACUUCGGAUUGGAGAUUUCUUUUCCGCGGACUUCACUCCUACUCCAUCGCAGUACUUUUGGCCUAAAAUGAUUGAUGGUGACUCAGAGGGUGCAGUCUUUCAAUCGGUCUUGACAGGAUUAACAUGGAUCCAUGACAAGGCCACUUCUCCAUUCAUUGAAGAAUGGAAAAAAGAGAUGAAUAAAAGGAACGUUCACAGCGACAAAUUGUCCAUAAGGUUUAAUGUUGACAUGUAUGAGGACGACUUUAAAAAGAGCACUUUUACCUACGGACGCAUUACAGGCACCAUUGGACUAAUGGGCGUCAAAUCUCCACCCUUUUUCAGCCAUGGUCGAAUGCUUCAUAGACAAUCUCCAAACGUUCAGAGUGCACCAUUCAUAGUGGAUAAAAAGAAAAGGAAAAUUUACAUAGACUUUGGCAACAGCCUACCAAUAACUAAGAAUGGCAGUUUUGACACGAAGGUUCUUCAAAAACUAUAUGUGGGGAUUCCUCGAGAUAUCGAUGGCUCAUCGAGGAUAUCGUGUAAUAACAAGUUCUUUUGGAUCG